UGAGCCGGCGAGCAUUGACUCCAAGUCUUUGAAGGAUGAAUGAGCUAUUAUAAAGUAUAAACCAACCAAUCGUAUUCCCGGGAAACAAGUGGUCUAAGUUUUUCUCUCUCCUAAAAAAUGGAACACAAACAUUUGAUACUCUGGUUUGUGGCAAUCCUCUUAGCAAUCUAUUUCCCGUGUUUCCUCUCUCAAAUAUGCAACGGCGUGCCAUUCGACUGCGGCAACGUCCGGUACAUAAGCUACCCGUUCUGGGGCAGCGCCCGCCCGCGGUCCUGCGGCCGCAGCCCAGGCUACAAGCUCAUCUGCGACAACGGCCUUCCGAAGCUGAACAUCUCAUCAUUAACGUACGUAGUGCAGAAAAUCAAUUUCGACGACAACACACUCAAGAUCGCCAGAGAAGACUUGUUGACCAACACUUGUCCGACAAUUAUCCGCGACACAACCAUAGACCGUGCCCUCUUCGAAUACACGUCCGAAUCCGAAGAAAACAACGUCACUCUCUACUACGGUUGCUCCGACAAAAAUGGCGAGACCGGUAACCUGGAAUCGAAACCCAAUCGAUUCAGCUGCGACGGCGGCGGAGUCAAUCUGUUCGACGAAUCGCCGGAGGGCCCCGGGCCCAACAUCACGUGCGGGGAGAGUAUUACCGUUCCGGUGAGUAAGGAUGACGCGCAGUCUCUAGAGAAUCCGACGAGUUCUUCGAUAAACAUUUUGCAGUCGGCUCUUGCUUCUGGAUUUUCCGUCCGCUGGUUGUCGGAUGGGAAAGAGCGUUCUAUUCCUUAUUGCAAUAGUCAAGUUUAUGCUACUUGCCUGUCUCCUCCUCGGGUACGCUAUUGUAAUAUGUACAAUUGCAGCCACGACAGCUCCGUUGUUAGCCCCCCCUCUCCCCAUCCUGAACAAUUUCCUCAAGCACCUGCAUAUUCCCCUGAAAGUGGCGGCAACGAUCUUCACACCGGACACGGUUUGCCUCCUAGUUUAUCUCCGAUUGCUGCAGCUUAUUACCCCGGAAAUGACGGGUCCUAUAAUCACGAUAAACAUGGGAGGAGAAACCAUGUUACUGAAAUUAUCAUAGCGGUGGUGGUGCUACUUAGUAUCAGUGGUGUGAUUAUAGUGUUCAUUGCCACAAAAUUAUGUCUUAAACAAGGACGUACGCCAACUGGCCCCAACCAGAAAUCUAACCAAGAUGUCGAAAGUAUUCUACUACAACAUGGAUUACUCGCUCCAAAAAGAUACAAGUAUUCAGAAAUCAAGAAAAUAACCAAAUCCUUCAAUGAGAAGCUUGGUCAAGGAGGAUAUGGUAGUGUCUACAAAGGUGUAUUAUCUGAUGGAACCCUCGUUGCUGUCAAGGUUCUGAUCGAGGCCGAUGGCAAUGGAGAAGAAUUCAUAAAUGAAGUUGCUAGCAUUAGUAGAACUUCCCAUGUCAAUAUUGUCAAUCUCUUGGGAUUUUCCUUUGAUCGAAAUAAGAGAGCUUUAAUGUACGAGUUUAUGCCCAAUAAAUCUUUAGACAAGUUCAUCAACAACAAUAAUUGUCUGGAUUUGGAGAAAUUGUACGAGAUUGCCGUUGGAGUUGCCAAGGGACUAGAAUAUCUGCACAUAGGCUGCAAGACUAGGAUUGUUCAUUUUGACAUUAAGCCUCAAAACAUUCUUUUAGACGAGGAAUUCUGUCCGAAAAUAUCAGAUUUUGGGCUUGCUAAGUUGUGUAAGAAAAAGCAAAGCAUAUUAUCAGUGCUUGGGACAAGAGGGACUAUUGGGUAUAUUGCUCCUGAAGUGUUUUCGAGAAAUUUUGGAGGAGUUUCUCAUAAAUCUGACGUCUAUAGCUAUGGAAUGAUGGUUCUUGAAAUGGCUGGUGCGAGAAAAUUUGCCGGAAACGAAGAAGUUCAAUCCAGUGAGAAUUAUUUUCCCGACAAAAUCUACGAGUAUGUAGUUGAUGCCACCGAGAAAGCAAACGAUUUGAUUGUGAUCGACGAUGACGAUGAAGUAGCAAGGAAAAUGUUUUUGAUCGGAUUUUGGUGCAUUCAGACAACUCCAUCGGAUAGGCCAUCAAUGUCGAAGGUUGUUGAAAUGUUAGAAGGAAGUAUUGAAUCCAUACAAGUUCCUCCAAAGCCAGUCUUGUGUACUCCUACUCUUGGGAAGAAAGAAAUUUCUUCAUUUUCAGUAUAUGUGGAGACAGAAAAUUCAGAUGAAGAUUAAGUAUUGAUUUUGAAUCUAUCAUCGAAAUAUUUGAUGGUGAUCGACAUUGAAUUAUCUCAAAUGUUUUAUGGAUUAUCUCCAAUCCGGAGUUCACAUUUCAUUUUUUCUUUUAUUU